UCAUUUCACAACACUCAAAUUACUAAUUUAUUAUGUGAUUGAUUUGAAUGCAAAAUCUGAAAUACUUAAGGUAUAAUUAGGGGCUAAACGACUGUUUGGAGCGCGAAUUCUAUAAUUAAACGACAGUGAAAUAAAAUCAAAUCAAAAUAAAACGUCGAACAAGAAUUUCAUAUCAAAUUGAACAGCACAAAAUGGAUUCAAGUAAAAUUGCAAGUUUGUUUAUAUUGUUUGGACUAUCAACAAUUUUCGGAUUUCUUUCCAUUUUAUUGGUCAAAUGUUUGACCAGAAAAUUUGGAACUUCCGGUACCGUUAAUCGCGUCGUCAGUUGGUGUAACUGCUUCUCCGGCGGCGUGAUUUUCGCCGCUAUGAUGUUGGACCUUUUACCGGAAGCGCGCGAGGACAUGGAAGAUGCGCUAGAAGACUAUGGUUUUAAAACGGAAUAUCCACUCACGGAACUGCUAGUAUGCGUUGGAUUCUUCUUCAUGUUAAUCGUUGAACAUCUUGCACAUUUUUGCUGCUCCCCCAGAAACGUUGAACCAUCAAACGUGGCGCACGCUGAACAAGAACACAAGCAAGAAUCUUGUAUUGACGAUUCUUUCAUCCAACCGUGUGGUGGAAUAAAAAACGCCGGUUACGACCAACCAUCGGACAAGUCUGAAUAUCCUAGAGACAAGUUCACCACCACCAGCACCGUCACGAACAACAAAAGCGUUGCAUUUAUCAGCCAUGGCGACAAGAAGUCAGGCUACGCAAAAACUGAAUCGACAAUCGCACAAUCUGCCACAAUCGAUACCAUGGAGACAACCACAAAAGACACAAAUCAUUCAACAAUAAGGGGAAUAGGCCUCAUGAUAGCGCUUUCAAUCCAUAUGCUUUUCGAUGGUCUCGCAAUAGGUAUGUUGACAGAGGCCUCGGAUGUUUGGCAACUUCUGAUCGCCAUUGCUACUCACAAGUGCCUCGUUUUCUUCACGAUCGGUCUUCAGUCCGUGGAAAUGUUGUCGUCUGCUAAGAAAGCCGCUUGCGUUGUCCUUUACUUUGCCGUUGUUAGCCCGCUCGGCGUUCUUGUGGGUGAGGCAAUACAUACCUCCGAUGACGCUACCGGUCGGGACACCGUAACGGCCGUCCUUCAAGGAAUCGCCACGGGAACGUUCCUUUUCGUGACGUUCUUUGAGAUCCUGUUACGUGAACUUGGUUCACAUAAGGCAACGCUGCUGAAAAUAGUGUUCAGCUUUGUUGGAUUUGUAUGUAUGGCAUGCGUUCGUUUGCUCGCAGGAUAAGGAUAAUCAAUAAUUUACGCAUGCGCAUUUCUAAGAUCUUUCUACACAAGGUUGUUAAGCACGUGUCUUUUUGGCGUAAGAACAACUUUUUAUUAACUUGACCACUGUUGCUGUUGACUUAAUCCGAUAAACUAUAAAA